GCGGAGGGGCGCGAGGUUUCAAGAUGGCGGUGGUUGGGUGGUUGACCGAAAGGCCGAGGUGAAGGCCCUUACGAAGUCAAACGGGCCGAGAAUCGUCCCCUCCCCGCUUCUCACAGCCCCAGGAGCCCAGCAGAAGCGUGAGUUUUUUCUGAGAAGCAAACCCUUGACAGGGUAAAUUAGUUGCGACUGGAACAGCUUUGAAGCGUUUAGCAGAAAUCAAGGCAAUUGGACACUUUCUGGAAGACGCAUUAACUAAUAAACUUGCCUGACAAAACCUUCGUGAAGGGAAGGUUUUAGGUUUUAUUUUUUAAAGAAGCAAGUAAAUCAAACAACUUGCCAACAUGGGGCGGAGAUCCACAUCAUCCACCAAAAGUGGAAAAUUUAUGAACCCUACAGACCAAGCCAGAAAAGAAGCUCGGAAAAGAGAAUUAAAGAAGAACAAAAAACAGCGCAUGAUGGUACGAGCUGCAGUUUUAAAGAUGAAGGAUCCCAAACAAAUUAUCCGGGACAUGGAAAAAUUGGAUGAAAUGGAGUUUAACCCAGUGCAGCAGCCACAGUUAAAUGAGAAAGUGCUGAAAGACAAGCGUAAAAAGCUACGUGAAACAUUUGAACGUAUUCUACGACUCUAUGAGAAAGAGAAUCCAGAUAUUUACAAAGAAUUGAGAAAGUUAGAGGUAGAAUAUGAACAGAAGAGGGCUCAACUUAGCCAGUAUUUUGAUGCUGUCAAGAAUGCCCAGCAUGUGGAAGUGGAGAGUAUUCCUCUGCCAGAUAUGCCGCAUGCUCCUUCCAACAUCUUGAUCCAGGACAUUCCACUUCCUGGGGCCCAGCCACCCUCCAUCCUUAAGAAGACCUCAGCCUAUGGACCUCCAACUCGGGCAGUUUCUAUACUUCCUCUUCUUGGACAUGGCGUUCCACGUUUGCCCCCUGGCAGGAAACCUCCAGGUCCUCCCCCGGGCCCACCUCCUCCUCAAGUCUUACAAAUGUAUGGCCGCAAAGUGGGCUUUGCCCUAGAUCUUCCGACUCGUAGGCGAGAUGAAGACAUGUUAUAUAGUCCUGAACUUGCUCAGCGGGGUCAUGACGACGACGUUUCUAGCACCAGUGAAGAUGAUGGCUAUCCUGAAGACAUGGACCAGGAUAAGCAUGACGACAGUACUGAUGACAGCGACAGUGACAGAUCAGAGGGAGAAAGUGAAGGGGAUGAAUUUGUGCACCGUGAUGACACUGAGAGAGAAAACAAUGAAGAAAAAAAGUCAGGUCUGAGUGUACGGUUUGCAGAUAUGCCUGGAAAAUCUAGGAAGAAGAAGAAGAAGAACAUGAAGGAGCUGACUCCUCUCCAAGCCAUGAUGCUUCGAAUGGCAGGUCAGGAAAUCCCUGAGGAGGGACGAGAAGUCGAGGAAUUUUCAGAGGAAGAUGAUGAAGAUUCGGAUGAUUCUGAAGCAGAAAAGCAAUCACAGAAACAGCAUAAGGAGGAAUCUCUCUCUGAUGGCACGUCUGCAGCUUCCCAGCAGCAAGCCCCUCCACAGUCUGUUCCUCCAUCUCAGAUACAAGCACCCCCCAUGCCAGGACCACCUCCGCUUGGACCGCCACCUGCUCCACCUUUACGGCCACCUGGACCACCUACAGGCCUUCCUCCUGGACCACCUCCAGGAGCUCCUCCGUUCCUGAGACCGCCUGGAAUGCCAGGACUCCGAGGGCCUCUGCCCCGCCUUUUACCUCCAGGCCCACCACCCGGUCGACCCCCUGGCCCUCCUCCUGGCCCACCCCCAGGUCUGCCCCCUGGCCCUCCUCCUCGGGGACCCCCACCACGGCUACCUCCCCCGGCACCUCCAGGUAUCCCUCCACCCCGUCCUGGCAUGAUGCGCCCACCUCUGGUGCCUCCUCUUGGACCUGCCCCACCAGGGCUCUUCCCACCAGCUCCCUUACCCAACCCUGGGGUUCUGAGUGCUCCCCCCAACUUGAUCCAGAGACCCAAGGCGGAUGACACAAGCGCAGCCACCAUCGAGAAGAAAGCCACGGCAACCAUCAGUGCCAAGCCGCAGAUCACUAACCCCAAGGCGGAGAUCACGCGAUUUGUGCCGACUGCACUGCGGGUGCGUCGGGAGAAUAAAGGGGCUGCUGCUGCUCCGCAGAGGAAGUCGGAGGAUGAUUCUGCUGUGCCCCUUGCCAAAGCAGCACCCAAAUCUGGCCCAUCUGUCCCCGUGUCAGUGCAGACUAAGGACGAUGUCUAUGAGGCGUUCAUGAAAGAGAUGGAAGGGCUGCUGUGACAGCUUCGGGUGCUAGAUCAGGCUUCUGUUCACAUCAGUGGUUCAUGGAGGAAGAGGCUCUUACUCAGCUUAGGUGGAAGAGUUGCUUUCACUGUCAGGGUAUUUUUAAUUUCAUUUCAAGGAAUAUCUUAAAGUUUAGCGUUGUUCAGAAUUUACUGCAUAUAAAAGAGAGGGUAUUUCUUGCAAAAUAAAUUGGUUGUUGAAUCAGUGCUGCUAAUAACACCCAUCCCCUUUCAUACCAUCAUUUUCAUCAGAUUUCUUCCUAGCGUUGUUCAGAAUUUACUGCAUAUAAAAGAGAGGGUAUUUCUUGCAAAAUAAAUUGGUUAUUGAAUCAGUGCUGCUAAUAACACCCAUCCCCUUUCAUACCAUCAUUUUCAUCAGAUUUCUUCCCCUACUCCAAUUCCUUGAAACUUGUGAUCAAGGGGAACCUUGUUGUUUGUUUUGGCUCUCUUAUUGUGUGCUGUGGGCACUGGAGUAGAGAUUUCUGGAAAAACCAGUUUAUUUCACCCCCAUCUUGCCUUUCAUGUUUGAGUUAUUUUUAAUAUUUUCUUGUAAAUAUUUUGUAAUAUUGUAGUGAAAUGGAUCACAAUGUCAUUUCCUAAUACAAAGCGAUAUAUGUGGGAAGAAAAUGUACAAUUCUUUGAUUAAAAUUCCCACUGAUCUAAACUUUGAGUGUUCCAUGAAAUAAAUAAAUAAAUGUUCUACACCAGGA